GUUACUCUCAACACAGACGGCUCCGUACUCCCAGAAUCAGGCCAUGCAGCUGCUGGUGGCUUGAUAAGAGAUCAUCUAGGACGCUGUUUUGCGGCGUUCUCCAUGAACCUCGGGAUUUGUUCCAUUACCCGAGCAGAGUUGAGAGGCGCUGUGGAAGGACUUCAGCUGGCCUGGGAGCUGGGCUACCGUAGGGUCAAUGUUCAACUUGACUCGCGAUGUGCAGUGGAAAUUCUUCAACGGCAUCAGGAUCAUGAUCAUCGCCAUACAGCUGUCUCCCAUCGCUUCCAGGAAUUAAUGCAGAGGGACUGGGAAGUCUCCCUCACUCAUAUCUAUAGAGAAGGUAAUAAGUGUGCUGACUAUAUUGCUAGUCGGGGUCAUCAGAUGCCAUUGGGCUAUAGCAUGUUUCCUACUACGGACACUACCCUUGUAUCUUGGAUUUUGUAUGACACUUUGGGGCUUUCCGAACCCCGUCUGGUUAUGAAUGAAGGUUGA